AUGCCUUCAAUACCUGCUCCAGCAAGACCUCCAGUUGUUCAAGUUUAUUCGCGGAGGCGAGAGACAAAUGAAACAUGUCCCGUACCAGUUCCUGCAUCAUCUGAUUCUCCUUUGCCUGAUCCUCCAGAUAACCUUGAUCUUCCUAUUGCUCUUCGCAAAGGCACACAUACAUGCAAAUCGACAUAUUCUGUUGCUAACUUUGUUUCCUAUGACCACUUAUCCUCUACGUCUAGAUCUAUGAUUGCUUCUCUAGUCUCCAUCUCCGUACCCAAAACAAUGAAGGAGGCUUUGAAUCAUCUAGGAUGGUCUUAUGCAAUGCUUGAGGAACUACAUGCUUUAGAGGACAACCACACAUGGGAUUUGGUAGAUUUACCAAAGGGAAAGAAACCAGUGGGAUGCAAGUGGGUCUUUACAGUUAAAGUUAAUCCAGAUGGUUCUGUGGCAAGACUUAAGGCCAGACAUGUGGCGAAAGGGUAUGCUCAGACUUAUGAGGUGGAUUAUUCUAACACCUUCUCCCCGGUUGCCAAACUCACUUCUGAGGAAGUGUAUGUGGAGCAACCAUCCGGUUUUGUUGCUCAGGGGGAGUAUGGGAAAAAACUGGAAAGUUGGCAGUUAAACCUUGCAGUACUCCAAUGGUUCCUAUUGCAUCUUAUGAAAGAUGAUGAUAAUCCUUUUGACGAUCUAAAAAGAUACAGGAGGUUAGUUGGGAAAUUAAAUUACCUUACUCUGACUCGUCCAGAUAUUGCUUUUGCGGUAAGUGUUGUUAGCCAGUUCAUGUCUGCACCAACGGCCAAACAUUGGGCAGAUUUUGAAUAG